GCCUGCCCCAUCUGCCACCAUGUGGGAGCUCCUCACUCUCUUGAUGUUGAUCCUGACUUAUUUCUUCUGGCCCAAGGGGAAGUGCCUUGUUGUCAAGUACCCCAACAGCCUCCCAGCCCUGCCCUUGGUAGGCAGUCUUCCCUUCCUCCCCAGACAUGGACAUCCACAUGUGAAUUUCUUCAAGCUGCAGAGAAAAUAUGGCCCCAUCUAUUCCCUUCGUAUGGGGAGCAAGACUACAGUGAUCAUUGGGGAGCACCAGCUGGCCAGGGAGGUGCUGAUCAAGAAAGGCAAGGACUUCGCUGGGCGGCCCCAAGUGGUGACCUUAGGCAUCCUGUCAGACAAUGGAAAGGGCAUUGCCUUCGCUGACCAUGGUGCCCAGUGGCACCUGCAUCGGAAGCUGGUGCAGGCUACCUUUGCUCUUUUUAAGGAUGGCAACCAGAGACUAGACAACAUGAUAUGUCAGGAAAUCAGUUUACUGUCUGAUUUCCUGGCCACGCAGAAUGGACAGCCAGUAGAUUUGUCCUUGCCUGUCUUCCUGGCGGUGACCAACAUUAUGUGCUUCAUCUGCUUCAACUUCACCUUCAAGAUUGAGGAUCCUGAAUUCAAGACCAUAGAGCAUUACAUUAAUGGCAUCAUGGAUGCUCUGGGCCAGAACACUAUGGCAGACAUAUUCCCUAUCCUGCAGAUUUUCCCCAAUAAAACCCUAGAAAUGAUGAGGAAUUGUGUACAAAUGAGAGAACAAUGCCUGAGUGAAAUCAUUGAAAAAUAUAAGGAGAACUUCAGCAGCAACUCUAUCAACACCAUGCUGGACGUGUUGAUCCAAGCUCAGAUGAACUCAGGCAACAGCAAUGCAGACCCAGACCAGUAUUCAAAGUUGCUUUCAGAUAAACACAUUCUCAGCACCAUCGGGGACAUCUUUGGGGCUGGUGUGGAGACCACCUGCUCUGUGGUACAGUGGACUGUGGCCUUCCUGCUGCAUUAUCCUCAGCUAAAAAAGAAGAUCCAGGAGGAGCUUGAUCAGAAUGUUGGUUUCAACCGCACACCAACUCUCAGUGACCGCAACCAUCUCCUCCUCCUGGAGGCCACCAUCAGGGAGGUGCUGCGCAUCAGGCCCGUGGCUCCAAUGCUCAUCCCCCACCAGGCUAUCGUCGACUCCAGCAUUGGUGGUUAUGCCAUUGACAAAGGCACAGAUAUCAUCAUUAAUUUGUGGGCGCUGCAUCACAGUGAGAAGGAGUGGGACCAGCCUGACAAGUUCAUGCCUGAGCGCUUCUUGGACCCAACAGGGAACCAGCUCAUCUCACCAUCCUUAAGCUACUUGCCCUUUGGAGCGGGACCACGCACAUGCAUAGGGGAGAUGCUGGCUCGCAGGGAGCUCUUCCUCUUCAUGGCCUGGUUACUGCAGAGGUUUGACUUCGAGGUCCCAGAUGAUGGACACAUGCCCGCUCUGGAAGGUAUCCCCAAUGUGGUCUUUCAGGUCGAACCUUUCAAAGUGAAGAUCAAGGUCCGAGACGCCUGGAGGGAGGCCCAGGCUGAAGGGAGCCCCCAGAACUAGAACCUGGCACCCGACUCCAGCAGAUAGCACAGAACUAGAGGUGGCCCUCCCCCUCUUUUAACCUCUCCCCUCCCCCAGCCCUGGCAUGAUGUGCAUAAACUGAGCAGUUUCUAUUCAGAAGGGCCUUGAGAAGCCCAUUCAUUUCCUCACUGGUUCAUUCAUUCUCUCAACAAAUACUUAUCGAACAGCUGCUAUGUGCCUCUCACAGGGCCUGGACAGGCAACCUCCCUAGUCUCGCGAUGCUACAUUUCUGUGAGGACUGACCUAC